AUGCACGAAAACAGCGACAUUUGGACAACCAACAAGUUCAAUUAUCUGAAUUUUCUGCUCGAAGGAAACGCCGCGAGGACCGUGCAUGGUCUAGAUGCCACCGUUGAAAUGCUACAGGAGCGUUAUGGCAAACCUCAGAUUAUCAUAUCAGAGCACAUGGAUGAGAUUUUGAAGAUUCAGCCAUGUGUCGAAGGAGGACGACUUGGUCCGUUGCGAUAUGUUUACGACAAAAUCAGCGUGAACCGAUGUUCGACUACAAAUUCUACAAAUGAAGUUUGGGAAAUUGAUGAGUUUCUAGACACCAUAAAGUCUGAAAUUGAUGCCCGGGAAGCAAGCGAAGGAGCGAAAUCGAGCGGUGUUGAGAAUCGCAAGCCUCCUAUUAAUCCUAUAGACGACAAUCGAAACAUCCCACCAAAUGCAAACGCCUUGGUCGCAAAGGGCCCCGAAGAAUUUACAAUUCGUUGUGCUUACUGCGGAAGUCUAAACUAUUCCGCCUCUUGUGACAAGGUGUUCAAUUGUGAAAGCCGAAAGAAGGUUCUUGCGAACAGCAACCGAUACUUCAACUGUCUACGAAAGGGCCACAACGACAGUCAGUGUAUGAGCGAGAAAAAUUGCAGGCACUGCAAGAAACGCCAUCAUCAAUCCAUGUGA